AUGGCUAUAAAAUUCACCUUUGCAUCCCUGGUGCUCUUCAUAGUCGUGGCUCAAGCAGCACCAUACGAAGUGGUCAACGUCAAUGUGUCGCUUCCACAAAACAACAGCGCCCUUGACUACAAUCUUGCCUGGGUCCAAAGUCAGUUGUACGGGUACAACGGCGCAACAAACAACCAGCUCACCCACAGCUUCGUCCCAGUCACCUGUGGAGCGAACGUGUCCGUCUACCACACUGAUCCUGGCGUUUUUGCCAAUGCAGGCACCCCCCAGACUCCCAUCCUACUACUCAACCAUGGAUACCCCGAGUCGAGCUAUAUCUGGCGGGAUGUGACACCAGUGGUCUCACACAGGGUUCCAGUCUUCGUCCCAGACCGUCCUGGAUACGGUCUCUCCACGGCGGCCAUGAUUGAGGCGCCCGUUCGAUGCACCGAGCUGCUGUGUCUAUUGAUCAAUUUCCCAACGUCAAUGCACUUGCAAUCCAAACUACUCUACAAACUAUUUUCAUUGGGUAAGGCGUGCGUCAUUGCACUCAUGUCUAUCUCCCUUGCUGAUUAUCAUGCUCACCAGAAUUUCCUUCCGAAAAAUGCCUUUGCCACAGACGUGAUUAUGGCAUACGGCGGCGGGAACUGGGUAACCGAGAUCAAUCACCUGGGCAGCGGUAUCAACGCAACAGCCACGGCCAUAUUCCAGUCGGGUCAGAGUUUUGAAGUUUAUGCCAACUUUUUCAAUCAGCUCUCCGUGACCAAGGCCAGCGUGGAAGACUAUACGUCGGGCGCCACCACCGACUAUCAAGCGCAGCUCGCGGAUCAGGCUGCUGGUCGCAAGAUCAAGAUGCCCACCCACGUCCUCUACUCGUACAGCAACCUUGUCGUAGCGUCGGGGUUUAACGUCUCGGAGACGUGGUCGCGAUGGGUUGAGCCCAGUGCCGGACUGACGACGGGUCCUGUGUGUUGUGGACAGGGCCAUUUCAUCAUCGAACUGGCACCACAAGACUCAAUCGACCAGCUCGACGCAUUCAUGGACCGUUUGGGUGUUGCUCCUUGCUGCGCGGGUUAA